AUGCCACCGUCGCCUGGCUGGGGCCUGCUCGGGCUCGGUCUAGUCCUGGCCUCCGUCAGCGCGGCCCUCGAGUCUGCAGUGCAGGGGAACUCGGUCACAGAUGCUCGGAAUGUCCUUGUCAUUGUUGUGGAUGACCUGCGCCCCACCCUGGGUUGUUAUGGGGACAAGCUCGUGAGGUCCCCAAACAUCGACCAGCUGGCAUCCCACAGCCUGCUCUUCCAGAAUGCCUUUGCCCAGCAAGCAGUGUGCGCCCCGAGUCGCGUGUCCUUCCUCACCGGGAGGAGGCCUGACACCACCCGCCUCUACGACUUCAACUCCUACUGGAGGGUGCGUGCUGGAAACUUCUCCACCAUCCCCCAGUACUUCAAGGAGAAUGGCUAUGUGACCAUGUCGGUUGGAAAAGUCUUUCACCCUGGAAUAUCUUCCAACCACAGUGAUGAUUAUCCGUAUAGCUGGUCCAUCCCACCUUACCAUCCCUCCUCAGAGAAGUACGAAAACACCAAGACCUGCAGGGGGCGAGACGGAGAGCUCCAUGCCAACCUACUUUGCCCCGUGGAUGUGGCGGACGUGCCUGAGGGCACCUUGCCUGACAAGCAGAGCACCGAGCAAGCCAUCCAGUUGUUGGGAAAGAUGAAAACGUCGGCCAGGCCUUUCUUCUUGGCUGUUGGGUACCAUAAGCCGCACAUCCCCUUCAGAUACCCCAAGGAGUUUCAGAAGUUAUAUCCCUUGGAGAACAUCACCUUGGCCCCUGACCCCCAGGUACCUGCUGGCCUACCCCCUGUGGCCUACAACCCCUGGAUGGACAUCAGGCAGCGGGAGGACGUGGAAGCCUUGAACAUCAGUGUGCCCUAUGGCCCCAUUCCUGCAGACUUCCAGCGGCAGAUCCGCCAGAGCUACUUCGCCUCCGUCUCGUAUCUGGACACGCAGGUCGGCCGCCUUUUGAGAUGGUCUCUUGGUGAGCAUGGAGAAUGGGCCAAAUACAGCAACUUUGAUGUCACUACUCGCGUGCCUCUGAUGUUCUAUGUUCCCGGAAGGACGGCUGUGCUUCCGGAGGCGGGGAAGCAGCUUUUUCCUUACAUCGAUCCUUUUGAUCCCAUUUCAGAAUUGAUGGAGCCAGGCAGGCAAGUGGAGGAACUCGUGGAACUAGUGUCUCUCUUCCCUACGCUCGCUGGACUUGCAGGGCUGCCCAUUCCACCCCGCUGCCCCGUUCCCUCCUUUCACGUUGAGCUCUGCAGAGAAGGCCAGAACCUUCUGAAGCAUUUUCAGUUUCCCGACUUGGAGGAGGAUGCGUACGUCCGUGGUGGUCCCCGCGAGUCCAUUGCCUACAGCCAGUACCCUCGGCCUGCAGACUCCCCUCAGUGGAAUUCUGACAAACCAAGCUUAAAAGAUAUCAAGAUCAUGGGCUAUUCCAUCCGUACAGUAGACUAUAGGUACACGGUGUGGGUUGGCUUCGAUCCUGAAGAAUUUCUGGCUAAUUUUUCAGACAUCCAUGCGGGGGAGCUCUAUUUUGUGGAUUCUGACCCGUGGCAGGAUCAUAAUGUGUAUAAUGACUCCCAAGGUGGAGAACCCCGCCCAGUGUGGAGGCUGCCUUGA